CUUAACACCGUGCUAUCACGGCACAGUGAUCCGCCUUUCACGAUGGAAGCUGAUCUUUCCUGUGCUGUUUGCCAUGAUCUGUAUAAAGAUCCUGUCUUACUUGACUGUGAUCACAGCUUCUGUCGAUCCUGUGUGACCCAGUACUGGGAGAGAGCUGACACUGCCUGCUGUCCUGUCUGUAGAAAGGAGACUUCCUCCAGGACCCUGAGACCCAACCGCACUCUCUCCAACAUCGUGGAGACAUUUGUAAAAAGCGGUGGAGGUGGUGAAAUUCAGCAGGAAUGCAGCCGACACAAGGAAAAGAUUACAUUAUUUUGUAAAUCUGACAAUCAGCUCAUCUGUCUGGUUUGUCAGUCUUCCAAAAGUCAUCAGAACCACGAAGUGCUGCCAGUGGAAGAAGCUGUUGAAGAGUUGAAGGAGGAACUGGAAACCUCCCUGAAGCCAAUUCAGGAGAAGAAGAAGGAAUGUGAAACUGUGAAAAGUGAUUAUGAGAAAACAUUGUCCCACAUUCAGGUCCAAGGUGUAAAAACAGAGAAACAGAUUACAGCUGAAUUUGAAAAGCUUCACCAGUUUCUCCGUGAGGAAGAGAGGAUUGUGUUGAAAGAUCUGAAACUGGAAAAAGAGAAACACACUCAGGAGAUGAAGGAGAGGAUUGCAAAGAUAACAGAGGAAAUCUCAUCCCUUUCAGUCACUGUUCAGGAUAUUGAACAAGAGCUGAGGGAACAGGACAGCAUCACAUUUUUAACAAAAUUCACGGAUACAAAGAAAAGAGUGAAGCAAACUCUCCCAGAGCCACAGAAGGUUUACCCUUUAAUAAAUGUGGGCAAGUACAUCGGCUCCCUGCAGUACAGAGUGUGGAAAAAGAUGCUGACAGUGAUUAAUACAGCUCCAGUCACCUUGGACCCUAAUACUGCCAAUCUUUACCUUCUCCUGUCUGAGGACCUGAGCACCAUGAAAAACACUGGGAAAUGGGAGCAGCUUCCCAACAAUCCAGAGAGAUUUGAUCGAUGUCCCUGUGUUUUGGGAUUGGAGGGAUUCACAUCAGGGAGACAUUCCUGGGAGGUAGAGGUGGGGAACAAGCCUCAAUGGAAUAUCGGUGUGGCCAAGGAAUCCAUCAACAGGAAGGGACAGAUCUACCUCAGUCCGAGUAAAGGAUAUUGGGCAGUGGUGCUAAGAGAUGGGAAUGAAUACUUGGCUUGUGAUGAGCCAUGGAAACAUUUAAAGCUGAGUAUGAAUCCGAGGAAGAUCCGAGUCUGUCUGGAUUAUGAGGGAGGGGAGGUGUCCUUUUAUAACUCAGAGAACAAGAGCCAUAUCUACACUUUCAAUGGGACAUUCACUGAGAAACUCUACCCCUUCUUCAGUCCAGGUUUUAAUAUCGAGUGUAAAAAUCCAGAACCACUCAAAACCUGUCCCCAGUCAGUAACCAUCCAGGAGGAUGAUGGGUCAGUCCAUUUCUCCAACUCGAAAUAACGUCUUCUGCUUGCUACACCAUUCUCAGACUCAGCACCAGUAGCUUCUCAUAGGCACUGGGAGGUUUACUGGGACAUCAGCUGUCCAGUACCCCCAUUUCCUCUCCAGCCCUCCCCUCCAUACUUUUGACUCACUGGUGAAUGUGAGAUUCUGACAAUGGGGAAAAUCCCACACACUACACAGCAAUUAUCAUAGAUAAAUGCCACAAUUACUGAGAAAUGCCCAUAGAGUCUGGGACAUGCAUAAGAAACAGGAACAGGAAUCAGCUGUCUGGCCUCUCAAGCCUGCUCCACCAUUCAAUAAAGAUGUGCAGGUUAGAUGAAUUGGCCAUGCAGAAAUUGCCCGUAGUGUUAGGUGUAGGGAAAUGGGUCUGGUUGGGUUGCUCUUCGGAGGGUUGGUGCGGACUUGUUGGGCCGAAGGGCCUGUUUCCACAUUGUAAGUAAUCUAAUCUAAUCUAAUCAUGGCAGAUCUUGUGUGGACUCGGCUCCACUUACCCGCCCGCUCACCAUAACCCUUAAUCCCUCUACUGUUCUUUGCCUUGAUAGGCAUUCAACGAAGUAGCCUCAGCUGCUUCACUGGGCAGAGAAUUCCACAGAUUCACAACUCUCUGGGUGAAGAAGUUCCUCCUCAGCUCAGUCCUCAAUCUGCUCUCCCUUAUUGUCAGGUUAUACCCCCUAGUUCUAGUUUCACCAGCUAGUGGAAAUAAUCUCCUUGCUUCUAUCUUAUCUAUUCGCUUCAUAAUUUUGUAUGUUUCUACAAGAAUCCCCCCCCCCCACAUUCUUGUAAAUCCCAAAGAGUAUAGUCCCAGUCUACUCAAACUCUCCUCAUAAGGCAACCUUCUCAAUUCCAGAAUUAGUGUAGUGAACCUCCUCUGCACACCCUCCAGUGCCAUGCAGUAUAUCCAUGUAGUAAUCUAAAUGUCUAAUCUUUGAAGCAACUGUCAGUGAUUCAAUGAAAAUAGUUAGAUAUCUGUAUUGGAGUUUAUUAGUAAGCAAAUAUUACAAUGUACAAAUAUUAAUAAGCAAUGAUCUGAGCCAUAGGGACAGAAUAGGGUCAGACACAAUAGCCUAUUGCUUUGAGAAUAAUAGCCAGUGGCUAAUUUUAGAGUCUGCUGGGUUGACGUUGCCAUCAGGACUGUGUAACUAUUCCAUUUCUUUCUGAUCCUGAAUGUUCUUGACGUGUUUAUCUGCUCUCUAUCUCUGCAGGGAGGUUUCCCUUAACUUUAUUGAUUUGUGUUUCACCAUACAUACAUAAGUUGACUGAUCGCUUUAUUGUCCCAUGUAUUUGUUUGUUAUAUUUGUUACAAAUGCAGUGAAAAGUAUUGUGAGAUGUCAUUACUGUCCAACACCAUCUUAAAACAUAGAAAAUAAACCAGGGCACAGUAUAUAGCAGCUUACAGCAAUACUUUGUU